AUGGCUGCUCCUCCGCCCAAGGGCAUCUUCGUGCCCGUCCCCACGUUCUUCGCUUCUAAGAAGACUUCCAACUACAACGCCAUCAGCCCGCCUGUUGAUGUCGAAACACAGGUUGCCCAUGCAGUUUUUCUGGCUAAGAACGGAAUCAAGGGCUUAGUUGUCCUCGGUACCACAGGCGAGGCUGUGCAUAUUCACCCCAGGGAUCGUCAUGCCAUUCUUCAUGGCGUCAAGAUUGCCCUGGAGAAGGAGGGCUUCAAUGACUACCCCAUCAUUGCGGGCACGGCGACAAAUAGCGUGGAGGAGACUGUUGAGCAGCUCAAAGACGCCCACAAGUCUGGCUCUCAAUGGGGCUUGUGUCUCGUUCCUGGGUACAAUGCGGGUGCAGUUACACAGGAGGGUAUCAUUCAAUGGUUCACUGCUGUUGCUGACCAAAGUCCCAUUCCUGUCAUGAUCUACCACUACCCAGGAGUAUCAAACAAUGUGAAGGUGGCACCAUCUACCUACGCCACCCUCGCCAAACACCCCAACAUUGUCGGCUGCAAGCUCUCUCACGGCGAUGUAUCGGUAGCCACUCAGAUAGCUUCCAACCCAUCCAUCGACCACGAUCACUUCCGUUGCUACACAGGUCUCGGCCAGCAGCUCCUCCCUGUCGUCUCAGUCGGCUUCGCCGGUGCCAUCGACGGCUCAGCAGGAUUCUUCCCCAAGUCCCUGGUGCGACUCUACGAGCUCUCGACAAAAACCCAGCCUACGGAUGCUGAAAUUCAAGAGCGAAGGGUCCUGCAGUUCAAGGUGAGCUCAAUGGAGGAGUUUGUUGUCAGAUUUGGUACUGUCGGUAUCAAGGAGGCGAUUAGCAGGCUGAGAGGCUUUGGAGACAUCGAUGGUACAAGAUUGCCUCUCAUGGGAGGUAUUCCUGGUGGUGAUACUGAGUGGAAGAACUGGAGCGCGGUGAUCGAUGCUGUGGAUGAGGUUGAGAAGUCAUUGUAG